CACGAAAACCAAAAACCAAAAACAAAUAUUGAACCGUUUCCUUUUACAGUUUUCCCUCUUAAAACAAACCUAAAAAACCACAAGGUAGAUCAAUGACUAAGCGGAAUCAUGGCGACGGCGAGAAACAGUCCUCGGUACCGCCGGAUGAUCUCCGUUGCCAUAGAUCAGAUGGAAAGAAAUGGAGAUGCAAAGGUUUUAAGGUUGAAGGUAAAUCCAUGUGUGAGCAGCAUUUACACCGUGCAUCCGCUAGUGUUUCUGUCGUCAAGAGAGUAGAAAAAAGGCGAAAAAGAUACGUUGCGAGAAGCGAUACGAGUGAUUCUGAUGAUUUAAGUGAACCAGAGGACGAUAAGCCUGUUGCUGUUAGUUUAGUUGAUCCGAGGGAAGUAGUAGAGGGCGAGGGUGACAAAAAGAAAAAGCGUGGCAAUGAGGAGAAAGCUUGUUCUAAAUGGAUCAAAUCUCCUGAAAAGUCUUUUUCGAAAGGAAUAAAAAUGGUUUCACAAGGGGAUGGUGAGAGGAGGGUUAGUAGAGUGGUGAAGAAAGGGGUUGAAUGUGAUCAAAGUGAUGGGGAGAAUGUAUAUGAUUCAAAAAUAGGUGUUGCAUACGAGUCUUUACUUAGGAGAAGCGAUAGGAAAUUACCAGAGAAGAAAAAAAUGAAAGUUGCUGAUGAUAAUGAUUGCACAAAUCCAAAGGACAAGAAGAAGCCUGAUCCAAGGAGAAAGCAUUUCAGUACUGAUGACCCAUAUGAUGAUUGCCAGAUGUGCCACCAGUGCAUGAAAAGUGAUAGAAAGGUUGCUAGGUGUGGAAAAAGAUGCGGUAAACGCUAUUGUAGUCCAUGUAUUAAUAGAUGGUACCCUCAUCUGUCAGAGGAAGCAAUUGCCGAGGAAUGCCCCGUUUGUCGUGGGAACUGCAAUUGCAAAGAUUGUUUACGCAAAAACAUUAUUCCUAAGGAAGCAAAAUAUUUAGGAAUACCACAGGAAAACAAUGAAAGAAUUAAUUGCUUGAAGUAUCUUGUGGAUGCACUUUACCCAUUUUUGAAAACAUUUAUCCAUGAUCAGACUAUGGAAAAGGAGAUGGAGGCAUCAAUUAGAGGUUCGUCACUGAAACGGCUAAGAAUACCAAGUGCCUUCCUUUAUGAGGAUGAGCGUGUUUACUGCAACAACUGCAAUACCUCCAUUGUUGAUCUUCAUAGAAAUUGUACAACUUGUUCUUAUGAUCUCUGUCUGACCUGCUGUCAGGAAAUUCGAGAAGGCUGUUUUCUAAGAGAUGAAGACAGAAGGCUCCCUGAAUGGAAAGCAAAAGAAACUGGUGAAAUACCUUGCCCACCAAAGGAAAGAGGUGGCUGUGGAAAUAACCGCCUGGAGCUUAAGUGUCUCAUUGAUGAAAAGCAGGUUGAACAGAUCAUGAGGGAAGUUGAAAACUUAGUCAAAGCAAAUUCAUCUGCCAGUGAGGCCCACUCCACUGGAGAACAGUGUACCUGUAACUCUAAUAAUAGAAGAAAAGCAGCUUCCAGAUCAGAUUCUGAUGACAAUUAUUUGUUCUGCCCUUCAAGUGACAUACAGGAAGGGCACCUGGAGCACUUCCAGAAACAUUGGAGAAUGGGAGAACCUGUCAUUGUAAGCAACGUUCUUGAAUUAACAUCUGGAUUAAGCUGGGAACCAAUGGUGAUGUGGCGUGCCUUCCGUAAUAUAGCAAUCAAGAAGGGGUCAUCAGAUUUGAUGGUGACAGCAGUUGAUUGUUGUGAUUGGUGUGAGGUGGAUAUAAAUAUUCGUCAAUUUUUUAGGGGUUAUGUUGAAGGUCGAGCACACCCAGAUUCGUGGCCCGAAAUGCUUAAGCUUAAGGACUGGCCCCCAUCUACAGAAUUCGAGAAGCGGUUGCCACGCCAUGGAGCAGAAUUCAUUAGAGCCUUGCCGUACAAAGAAUACACACAUCCCCUUUCUGGUAUUCUUAAUGUUGCUUCCAAACUUCCAGAUGGUAUACUGAAGCCAGAUCUGGGUCCAAAAACAUAUAUAGCAUAUGGAUUUGCUCAAGAACUUGGACAUGGAGAUUCCGUUACAAAGCUUCAUUGUGAUAUGUCUGAUGCGGUGAAUAUUUUAAUGCAUACUGCUGAUGUUACUAUUACUAAGUGGCAGCUUUCAAAAAUUGAUGAGCUGAAGAAAAAGAAAGCUUCUGCGUCAGAUGAUCAAAAAGAACUAAAUAAUACUGAUACAGAUGAUCAUCUAGUUCUUAAGAAUGAUUUUGCAUCUGCAAAACAAGAAAAAGCAAGUGAUGUUUUUUCCUCUGACCAGAAUGUGCAAUUGGAGGGCAGUUUAUCUUCUGAUCAGGUGGUUGAUCUUGAAAACAAGUUUGAUGGACCAGAGGAAGAAAAUGGUGGUGCAGUCUGGGAUAUCUUUAGGAGACAGGAUGUUCCCAAGCUCGAGGAUUAUCUUAAAGAGCAUCAGAAGGAAUUCAAGCAUACACUUGGUUCUCCGGUGGACCAGGUUGUUCACCCAAUUCAUGAUCAAGUUUUCUACUUAACCACGUAUCACAAGGAGAAACUCAAGCAAGAUUUUGGCAUUGAACCUUGGACGUUUGUGCAAAAACUUGGAGAAGCAGUUCUCAUACCUGCUGGGUGUCCCCAUCAAGUUAGAAAUCUGAAGUCUUGUAUAAAGGUUGCUCUCGAUUUUGUUUCACCUGAAAAUGUGGGCGAGUGCAUUCGCUUGACCAAGGAAUUUCGUAUGCUUCCCCAAAAACACAGGGCUAAAGAGGACAAGUUGGAGGUGAAGAAGAUGGCUUUAUAUGCACUGGAGAGGGCUAUAGCUGAUCUAAAGGAGCUUGAAUGUAAUGACAGAGCCCAGGUGCAGCAACCUCAUUCGAGUAGUGAGCACGACCCUGUUCAAACUAAAGAGGUGGUGGAGUAGUUCCAUUCUGUUGCUGUAAUAUACAUAUGCUUGUGAAAAGAGUGCCGCAAAUUGACUCUUUUCUAUCAUCUAAUCUCUACUGUCAUCAGCCAAAACUUUUGCAUGUACAAUAUCCCUGAUUCAUCUUACAGCUCCAACUUAUAGAAGCUACACCUUGGGGUUGUACAGUAAUAUGAAAUGAUUUUUGAUUUUUUUGAAACAUUUGUGGACCUUUUGAAUUCACUGAUGUUUUGCCUUAACCCUCAUAUUGUACACAAGACUAAUGUGCUACCAAGCAUGUUCUACACCCUCCAACUAGUUCACUGCUUGGACAAUGUAUGUAUCUAUUCUCCUUUGUUUAUGAUAUCGUUGAAACUCCUGUUUGAUGCAAAAUGUGAUGAUAAUCAAUGUCGAUGCUUUUCUUGUUCACUCAUGGCAGAUUAACCCAAUACUCGGCUAUGAUGAACGAGAUACAACUCUUUUGCUUCUUAGAGCGUCAUGAAUCCUCAUGUAACACAAUGUACAUUGUGGUUGAUUUCCAAUUGAUUGGCAUCAUAAAAGUCCUUUAGCUGAAUAUGUGUUCCACACAUGG